AUGGCUCCGACAGACGCAGAGAGACUCACGCAUCUCCAAGAACAGAUCCAGCAGUUGGCGUCGGCUGUGCAAGCUAUCGCCCUCAAGCAGAACGAAUACAUCAAUGUCCAGCAAGAAGAAAAAUCCGACAGUGAUGAACAAGAUAGUCCACUGGCAGAACAUACCGAAAACACUAUCAUUGAACUUCUACCGGAAUAUCAUGGCGGACAAUCGGCCGAGGAGCUCCUCGAUUGGAUCGCCACGGUGGAAGAGACCCUUGAGUGCAAACGCGUAUCUUUGGAGCGAUGCGUUCCCAUGAUCACCGUGCGAUUCCGUGGCGCAGCAGCAGCUUGGUGGGCGCAAGAAAAGGUGUCUCGCGAACGUUCAGGAAAACCUAGAAUCUUGUCGUGGGAUAAGUUGAAGAAGAAGAUGCGUAAGAGCUUCUUGCCAUUCAACUACGACCAAGGGAUGUUCCAACGCUUUAACAACUUGAAACAAGGAUGCCUAUCAACGGUAGACGAGUACGCGACCGAGUUUUCUUCGCUUUUGAGGCGUGUCGAUCUUCAGGAAUCAGACCAACAAAUCGCGGCGCGCUUCGUCGGGGGAUUGAGGAGACAGAAGAUCAGGUACACUCUUAGUUUGUUGAACCCUCUCACACUUGCUGAAGCACAUCAAAAGGCCCUCAUCGUGGAAGCUCAUAUGAAGGCGAAUGUUGGGAGGGAACGAGCAAAGGAUUUCGUGUUUUUGUGGUGUGCCUUUGGCUUCUCAUUGACUGUGACCUUAGGUUGCUUCAUUGGUUAUAAUUGUUGUCGGAGUGAAUCAAAAUAA